UUACGAGUGGCUUUGGAACUUCGAUAGGUGGCAUUAACCGUUUGUUGAGUACAUUUCACUCGACAUUUCUCUUGACACUUCUAUCUCGACAUUUUUCCUAAGAAGCAAAUCCUCAAAUUGCGAGACUUAUAACUACCACACAUUGAAAUGAUGGGCACUUGAAAUCAAUCCUCAAUCCUCUCCCAUCCCCAAUCAUAUUUUGCAUUUCCUUAAUUAAUCCCUUCCCAGCAAUUGCAAUUGUCAUCAUGCGCGUUCUUUGGUACGCAGGGACAUCGACCGCCCUUGCGGCUGGCGUUGUCGCCUACGCAUUCAACCAACGGGCUAACUUCUACUCUGCUAUGGUUUAUCUGUCGCAAAAUAAUUUGAGUCUUAUGGUAUGUUUUAUGAUACUUAUAAACCUUGUUCUCCUGGUAUAUGGUUCCUUCGUCUGGGGCCUUCAGCGACUAUGCUUCGGUCCUCUUCGACCGGUCGAGAUCGAGCAGCUUUACGAGAAAGCCUGGUUCGCCGUAACCGAGACCUGCCUCGCUAUGACUAUCUUUCGGGAAGAAGUUGGUGCUUGGUUCCUCGUUAUGUUCACCGCUCUGGUUACUGGAAAAGUUUGGGAAUGGAUAGGCGAAGGCCGUGUCGAAGUCUUGGAACAGCAACCUCCGGUAAACCCGCGCCUCUUCCACACGAGACUCAGCGUAUCUCUCCUGUUUAGCGUCGUAUAUGAUAUCUGGCUAUUCACUUACACCAUAAAUGCCGUUAUUCAACAAGCCCGACCGAAUAUGAUGGUCAUGUUCCUAUUCGAAUUCGCCAUAUUAACUGCCUGUUCGUUCCGCACUGCCCUCCGAUAUGUCCUGUCGCUGGUCGAGGCCGAUAUAGUGAGGAAACAGACCAAGCAGAGGUUAGAAGAACGGCGCCGACAAGUCCGAGAGCAGCGCGCUGAUAUCAUGAGACGUCGCGAAUCCGGUGAUCCCGCGGAGGUGGAAGCUGCAGAGCAGGAAGAAUUACCUAGCGAGGAGGACAUCGACGAGACGGAUAUUGAUGUACCAGGAUGGGAGUCUAAGGGGCAGUGGAUUUUGAGUCUGGAUCUGUUUACCGAUUUCGUCAAGCUCGGGAUUUAUUCCGCUUUCUUUGCCAUCCUGAUGAUGUUUUAUGGGCUGCCUAUUCACAUUUUGAGGGACUUAUUCAUGACAGCCCGCUCAUUUGUGAGCCAGCUCAGACUCUUGAUUAAGUACCGAAAAGCUGUCAAGAAUAUGACCAAGUACCCUGAUGCCACUGAAGAAGAGCUGGCGCGCGAGAAUACCUGCAUUAUCUGCAGAGAAGACAUGAGACCGUGGGAUCCGUCUGCCAUUGGUGCAGUGGAGCGGUUUCGCCCAAAAAGGCUUCCAUGCGGCCACAUCUUGCACUUUGGGUGCCUUAAGAGCUGGAUGGAAAGACAACAAGUAUGCCCAACAUGUCGACGCCCAGUUACUAUUGAGGAUACUUCACCUAAUGACGGCGCUGCUCCCGGUGGCCAGGCUAAUGCUCCAGGUCAGCCGGCACCAGGGAACAGAGCCGCAAAUGCCGGUCAGCCGGCGCAAGCUCGUCCUGGAGGUAAUAUGAGGGUAUUCCAGUUCGGUCCUAUUCGAUUGGGUUUCGCUCAGGGCAACGCCCAGAAUAUCCAUGAAAUGGCUCAACGCCUUCGUAUGCCCCUGAAUGGUGCCAACAUUCCUCGAGUACCUACACCAACCGCCCCAGUACCUUCUAGCGCAGCCCAUACAAGCAACGCCAAUAGCAUUGCAGAAAUACAGGCACAGCUACAUGAUGUUUGGAAUCGAAUACAAAUAGAGAUGCAAGCCUUACAGGCGAGCCAAGCUGAAUUACACACCCUGUAUGCUCUAACAGCAGAGCUAACCCGUCUUCGUCUGGCGCAACAAGAGCCUCAGCCUGCACCGACAACUCAACCCGGACACCCCGGCAUCAGCGUUCAAUUUGCCUCUGACCACGCGGCUGCACCACAAACCCCUUUUGCACCUUUUCAAGUCAUGCCACAGUUUCCCUCGUUUCCGGGCCUUUCGCCUCGAGUGGCGACUCCGACGAUAACCAGACAUGGAGGCGUAUCUUAUUCAACUGCCAUCCCUGCUGGGAGCUCAGAACUACCUGAAGGAGUUACCAUACCCCCGGGAUGGUCACUACUGCCUCUUCAGCGCCUUGACGGCCAACUACCUAACCACCAAGCUGAUGCCGCCGGUCAGCAGUCACCAACACCUGACACAGCGAAUCUUAAUACCACUGCUACUGCUAUUACUGGCGACUCUCUUGCGCGAAAUCUUGAGACACAUAAUAGGCCUACGGGAGAACAGCCAUCUGGGGCUACUUCACAGCCACAGAGAGAGCCUACCAUAGUAGCUGCGCCUACCCCGGUAGUGCCUAACUGGGGUGGUGCCGCACAACUGUAUGGAAACGGCGGGGUUGGUGGUCCAGUCUCUACAAAUGAGCCUCAAACUAGAAUAGGGGAAGCUUCAACGUCAGAGAGCGAACGUCGUAAUUCAGGUGAUGAACAAGAAAAGUCAAACAGCAGUGAAACCAAAGGAAAGGCAAGAGCGGUUACGGUUGAGGACGCUGACGAUACGGAGGGUGCGGAUGAUGAGUAAAGCGAAAUGCUUUUUCUUCAGUCUGCAUUCUCGACUUUGUAUUCACACGAAAAUUGCAUCAGGGCAAGGCGUUGGUGGCGUUGGAAUUUCGUGUCCCUAUUUCAACACGCCUGAUCGAUUGAGGAUCCGGCACGAUAGAACUUAUACCAUGAGUUAGUGGAGCGGUAUUCUAUCCAUGUUAGAAAUAUUUGUAUGUUUCAGCGUCUCUGGUUUGGAGAACGAGAGAUAAAUAAACUCCGCUGUACUUGAGAUGAUAGGAAAUCGAAGGGCUUACCGCCUUGAAAGAAAAUAAUAAAAAUAAAAAUGCCCAGGUUUACCACCUAUGAAAAUUUGGCAAUACUUAAUGCGCUUCGUUGUCUGAGGCUUGGUCAUUGCUUGUUUGUAGCUACCUCUCGGCUCUGUACACCCAUAGGUAAUUGAGAGUGUUGAUCCCUGCGAAAGACGAGUCGACGUGGUCGUUUAUAUCGUCUUGGAGUUGGCAAGAUGCUUUAUCUCUUAUGCAACAUUAUAUUAUGAGUGGUCACUAUAACCAGUAAGGCCUGUU